AUGCCCAAAUUUAUUCCACUAAGAUUGUGGAAGUACGUUUUUAAAUCGCAUGAUGCAUUUAAGACAGAUGCACAGAUGUGGCUGUCAGCAGUUUUCACUACAUCUGCAUUGGAAUCCCGUAAUCAUUGUCGUGAAUAUUUUAACAUGAACCACCAUGCGGUUUAUUUCGAGAAUGUUUUACUUUAUCUCUACUUCAAUAAAUUAGUGUUGCAAAAUUCAAAAGUUAUUCCAUUGCCGGUUUAUAGUCCGGGUUUGUAUUCAGUUGAGAUUGAUUAUAUUUUGGUAGCACUUCUGGCUACUAAUUUACUUUCCUUUUCAGCAUCCCUUAUUGCCGUAAUGUUUGUUAUUGAAAAUGACUUGCUAAAAAUAUAUUUGUUACACAACAAUAAUAUUUUUUAAUUGCCACGGUAGUGUUUAUAGCUGCUAUGAUUUUGACAUGAUUUCAGUAAAUAAUUAUAUUCAUAUUCAUAUUCAUAUAAAUAAAUAUGAAUAUAGUUUAAGCAUUUCUUAGAAUGAAUAUCAGUGAAUGUCCAUUAUUAGAAUUUAUUUUCCCCAUUUAUAAUAGGUUUUUUUGAUGGCUUGAUAUUCUCGUUUGUUUAAUUUCUUGUCUGAUUAAAUGCCAAUUACUUGUAAUAUUAAUUUAAGAAAUAAGCUGGUUGCAGAUUUAUAUAUUUCUCGGAAGUUUCAAAUAUAUAGUCAUAUGAAUAUAAAACAAUAACUCAGAAAGGGGACGAUGAUAAGAAAUGAUAUAAAUUUGAGAAAAUAGAGUUUGAAUCUUUUUAUUGGUAAUUGAUAAGAAAGAAACAUUUUGCAGAGUUUUAUUAAAACCUUUUAGGUUUUUUUAGUUUGUUUCAGACACUAUUUUGACAUCAGCAGAAGAAAACUCAUACUCCACAUCAUAUACAAUAUAA